AUGUUUUUUCCAAAAUUGUUCCUCUUUAGUGCGUGCAUAUUCCACCUGAAUUACUGCUUCGAGGAGCAACCGAAUUUGUUUCUAACGGCGGCCAAAAGCGUGCCCAGGAUCGGCAGGAGCAACAAGGACACUACGGAUUUCGAGAAAUUCUUCCUGAAGGCAUCCAAAUCCGUGCCCAGAAUCGGGCGAAGAAAUGAUUUCAUCUUCUUCCAUUCAAUUAAUUCUAACUUCCAGAACCGUUACGAUGAAAUCGAGAAAACGUACAUGCAACCGAAAAAUUUCAAGUUUCCUUCAUGGACGGAGAUAGCCGACAGAUACGAGCACGAUCCGGAGUUAUUCUCGAAUCCUCAAAUACUGUACGAGAUGGAGAAAAUGCUGGGAGACGAUCCCAACGCCUACGAAUGGAACGAAGUGAGAACAAAACGCGGUUAA